GUGGCUGUGGGAGCGGGCGGGAAGCGGCGCUGGGAGCGGGCCGGGCCGGCCGGGAUCCGCCAUGUGAGAGCCCCAGACAGCCCCAGCAUGUAACAUAAUAGAAAAAAAAUCCACUAGUAUAUUGUGAUACAUUGGAUAUGCUUCCUGCAUCUGAAGUCAAUGGAUGAUGUUGAGAUCUGUUUGUUCAAUUGGAAAAGCAGAUUGCUCUUUACAUCUGUAGAAAUGGACAGCAGCAGUUUCAUUCAGUUUGAUGUGCCGGAGUACAGCAACACUGUUCUGAGCCAGUUAAACGAACUCCGCUUGCAAGGGAAACUCUGUGACAUAAUCGUGCACAUCCAGGGUCAGCCGUUCCGAGCCCAUAAAGCUGUCUUAGCUGCCAGUUCUCCAUAUUUCCGCGACCAUUCAGCAUUAAGCACCAUGAGUGGCCUAUCCAUAUCAGUUAUUAAAAACCCCAAUGUUUUUGAACAGUUGCUUUCUUUUUGUUACACUGGAAGGAUGUCCUUGCAACUGAAGGACGUUGUCAGUUUUCUGACUGCAGCUAGCUUCCUACAGAUGCAGUGUGUCAUUGACAAGUGCACACAGAUACUGGAGAGUAUUCAUUCAAAGAUCAGUGUUGGUGAUGUUGAUUCUGUUACUGUUGGUGCCGAAGAAAAUUCAGAGAAUCGUAAUGGCGUUAAAGACAGCAGCUACUUUGCCAACCCUAUUGAGAUAUCUCCUCCCUAUUGCUCUCAGGUGCGACAGUCAACAGCAGGCAGCGACCUUCGGAUGGAAACUACUCCAGGCAAAACUCUUCGUAGCCGUCUGCAAGAAGAAGGGCAUUCAGACCGAGGCAGCAGCGGGAGUAUCUCUGAAUAUGAGAUUCAGAUUGAAGGUGAUCAUGACCAAGGAGACCUGAUAGUAAGGGAAAGUCAGAUUGCAGAGGUGAAAGUUAAAAUGGAAAAGUCUGACAGACCAAGCUGCUCUGAUAGCUCUUCCCUUGGUGAUGAUGGAUAUCACACUGAAAUGGUUGAUGGAGAGCAGGUGGUCGCAGUAAACGUUGGUUCCUAUGGGUCUGUCUUACAACAUGUUUAUUCAUUUACUCAUGCCUCAUCACAGGUGACAGGUGUGUCAGAAACCUUUGGAAGCAUGAGCAAUACAAGUCCUUCAAGGUCAAUGCUGAGCUGUUUCAGAGGGGGUCGUGCACGCCAAAAACGAGUACCUACAGGUCACUUGCAUAGUGAUGUCCAGGGCUUGGUGCAAGGGGCUGACAGUGAAUCCAUGGUGAGUAAUCCAGGAUAUGAAAAUAGUCCACGGGAAAGAAAUGCAAGAGGUCAUUGGUAUCCAUACAAUGAGAGGCUAAUUUGUAUUUACUGUGGCAAGUCUUUCAACCAGAAAGGGAGCCUUGAUCGACACAUGCGAUUGCACAUGGGAAUAACUCCUUUUGUGUGCAAGUUUUGUGGAAAGAAAUAUACCCGUAAGGACCAACUUGAGUACCAUAUUCGUGGUCACACAGAUGACAAACCCUUUCGCUGUGAGAUUUGUGGAAAAUGUUUUCCUUUCCAGGGUACACUAAACCAGCACUUGCGAAAAAAUCACCCGGGGGUUACAGAAGUGAGAAACAGGGUUGAGUCUCCAGACAGAACAGAAGUGUUUGGGGAACAGAAAGUAGAUAACGAUGCUUCAGCUUCUGAAGCCAUGGAUUCUAGUAUGGAAAUCCAUGCAAUGUCUAACACAUCUGAUUAAAAUCUUACAUCUAAGUGAAACAGACAAGCACAUUACUAAUGUAUUUUUAAAGUAUUUUAUUCUUUUAGUAAUCUUCAGUACAAGUGUAACAGCCUUUUCAUUUUCCUGACCUUCUGGAAAUCAGUUAGAAAUGGUUUUUGGAGAAGACUUCAGAAGUAUUCUUUGUUUUUGAAGGAGGCUGAAUUGUUUGGGGUUUGGCUUUUUUGUAUUUGAAGACACUCAGAAUAUAAAGACAGUGUACUGGAGAAAGGCUAGGAAGAGUCUGGUGAAGUAUCUCUGCUGAUUGAUCUGGUGAGAUGCAAAUGCCAGUGGAGAAAGAUAUUAGAAUAAGAUUGGCAGCUCUGCUGAAUGUUCAAAGAAGCUGUAAUUUCCUUUAUUUCUUAAAUCCUGUUGCUGGUAAUGAGUUACACAGCAGUUGGGAGAGAGAAUAUUACAGCUUUGAUUCCUCUCCUGUUACAAUGAAAUCUGUUCACUCUUACUAACUGGCUUUGUUAGUGAGACUGUUUAUAUAUAUAAAUUUGCUUUAUAUAUAUAAAAUGCUUUCACUUUCCCUUUUCUGUGUCAAAGCUAAUACCAUAUGCCACUUUGUCAACUGUUAGGACUUCUCUCUGCUUAGGGUUUAGAACUUCGGACUUUGGAAGGAUGGUUUUGGUUUCAAACAAAUGUUGUUUGGUUUUCAUUUUAUUAAACUAUUACUUUGUGUGCAAAAGUGAGCAAAGUGAAUUACUUUGUUUUAAUAGCUUUGCUUUAUAACAUAUGUAAACCAAAUGCCAUAAAUCUAUUAACUAUGGUUAAAUUGUUGAAAGGUUUUGUUGUCUAGAAUGCAAGCUGGACAACCUGUGGUGCUGACCUUUUUAUAUAUAUAGAGAUAGAUAUAUCUAUAUAUAUAUAUAGAUAUACACAUAUAUAUAUAUAUCUAUAUAUUAAAAAAAAAUAUUAGCAAACCUAAAAGUAGCAUUGUGGUCUAAAAUGUGUUUUUACUGGCCUCAGAAUCUACCUUCAUUUUGUACUGUAGAACCGUACCAGGUAAUUAAACUUAACUUCAUCACUCUUCAUGGUUGGUUAAAACAUGAGAGAGAUGUAGUUUAAAUCACAGUAUUUCCGAGCAGUAUUUUAAUAGGUCUCUUCACAGAGAGCUGCUUUCAGGUGCACGUUGGCUUCCUACUUAAAUUUCCGAGUGAUAUGCCAGCACUUGGAAUUUGUACUUUUUUGUAUAGAAAAACAAAUACUUUAUGGGAAUUUUGAGCAAUAUGUUAUUUCAUGUGUGAGUAUUACAGAGUUGCUAUGGCUUCUCUGUUUUUACAGUGGUUUUUUCUCUAUAAAGAAGCUACCAACAACUUUAAAAAUACUCUAAAUCUUUUUUGUUUCACCAAAUACGUGUUUUUAAUAUGGUGCUAACUUCAUUAUUUAGGUCAGUAUAAUAUAUAACAUGUGAAACAUAAUGAUCAAGGGAAAAAAAUCCCCAAAAACAGACAAACAAAAGCCCCCCUACACAAACCAACUUCCCCAAGAUCCCAACCAAACAGAAAAAAAAGGAAAAAAAAGGAAAAAAAAAAAAAAUAAAAAAAAAACCCAAUCCCAUACCACAAAAAACCAAUGGCUUAAAAGACCUCAAAAGCAUGGGCUGGCAAACACUACUGUUUAACAUUCUACCUGAUGAACAGAAUUAAUUAUUAAACUAAUCACAUCGUUCUUUAGAAUACAGGUUUUAUAUUAUUGGGUCCUAUGUUUGUUUAGCUGAUACUGAAAAUCUGUUUGUGAACGUGCUGUUUAACUUACAAAAAUUAGAGAAUAAAAGUGCAUUUCUAAAUUAUUGGAAAGAAAAAGGUAGGUUUGCUAUCUUGUAAAACUUUUUGGCCUCUGUGAAGCUGGGACGUAUUUGUGCAGCGGCUUUAUUAAAUACACUAGUUCUUCAUAUUGUGACACUCUGCAAUAAGAAUUAAUCUCUCAAACAUGGAUUUACAACCUCCAACUGCCGAAUUGGAGCAGUUUCAGUCAAGUUAAGUGCAUCAUUUGCCUCUUUGUCCUAAAGCUGCCUAAAUAAAGAGGCAGGGGGUGGGGAGAUGUUUCUCUCCUUGAAGCAACAACAGAAAUUUUGUUUCCAGUGAGGGAAGGGAUAGUCUGUGUCUAAAGGCAGGUAGUCUGUAUGUUUACUCACCUAAAAACAUGGUGUUUCUGAUACAGUUUUUCCUUGAGUGUUUGUUUUAAGUAAUUAAAUGCAAAAAGUGUGUUUUGGUAAAUUAAGUUUGAGACAUGCAAAAUCCAAGAAAUGUACAGUUAUUCUUAACCCUUUAUCUUGAACCUGUGCUGUGGUGCCUUUGGUGUGAAUUUUUCCCUGGAAGGAUGACUUGAGGAUAGCAGGAUAUGGGUACAAAUUUAUAUUUCUUGAAUUUCUGUGUCACAAUCUUAGCAUUGUUUAAAUCUAGUUCUUCGUAUUUGUAAAUGUAUGAAAAUGGUUUGAGUUUACCAAAGAGUGACUUAUCCAAAAUUGUCUCAGACAAAAGCAAACAAGAAUACAACAUCAUGUUGAUUGUACAGGUUCAGGUUCAAAACAUUGUAACAGACUGUUAAGGGGCAGGAAAUGAUCCGUUUUCCUACAAGCCGUGGUUCAGCAGUGUGCAAGUCCCUCCCCGCGCGGGCAGCGUUCUUGCCUCCAAGCCAUAGUCCAGCUCCGCGGUCCGGCAGCGCUCCGGGCUCUGCCGGGCACCGCCGUCACCCCUGGCCGCGGCACUGCCACUGUGCCUUGUCACAUAGCGGGGUGCCAGGAUCAGCACUGGCACAGACACGAGGCGGGACCGCCGGGCAAAGGCUGGAAACGCUGUACAGUGUCUCGUGUCUGUGCAGUUCUUAGCACAGGGCUGUUACACGUUUCAUUUACAAUAAAUGCAGAAGUCAAUAGAAUAUGUGAAGAAAAUAAGUAAUGAAAUUAUACAGGCUGGUUCAUAAUUGAGUCUCUUCUUAAUCUACCUUUUAAAUUCUAGACAAAUGUGAAAACAGUGACAGUGUCCUUUCCUCUAGAUGCUUAACCUAUUCUGAUAAACUGUGAAAAUAAAGGAUUUUAUACCUUUGCUAAUGUUUCUGGUUUAAAACUAUUAUUGUAGUUUUCUUUAUCAGUUAUCUCCCAUAUUACUUCUUUUAAACUUGUAAAUACGUUUAGAAAA